AUGUGUGGGAUUACAUCUGAGGCCCAGGAAGGAGCUGAGAAGCAGGCCAAACAAGAACAUACGUCACAAAUUUUUACAGGAAUGACGUUGAAAUAUCAGUGUGAUUCUAUAGAUGAAACAUUCACGACUUUGUUAGCUGCCAGCAGGUUAAGUCGAAUUCGACAGUGCUUCUAUAUUAGACGUUAUGCUAUAGAUGAAACAUUCACGACUUUGAUAGCUUCCGGCAGGUUGAGUCGAAUUCGACAGUACUUCUAUAUUAGACGUUACGGUGCUGUAGCAACAAAAAUGCAUCAGCAGUUUCAGCAACGGUUAACUGUUUUGACCGAAGUGACACUCAAGCCAAACCUGGUUGGGCUACGUCUGAUUUGUGGUGCCGGAAAUGCGGGCGUAUGCAGUACAACGAUAAGCGAAAGCUAUGCCAAAUACACGCACAAACGAACACAUUUGACAACGUUUGAGUCGGCUCAUGGCAUCGCUCUGAGGCAUGUCCGAUGUGUCAUCGGUCAACAGCGAGGUCAAAGAGGGCAAACGGAUGUCAAAAAGCAACGAGAUCUUAUCCAUCUUUUGAUGGAGCAUAAGAUUACUAUAUUCUGA